AUGUAUGGCCCUGGUCCCGGAGCUGGUCUCGGAGCAGGGCCCUCCACGACUGGAGGUCCAGAGAGGGCCCUGGAUCCCGUGCUAGAACACCUUUUGCGAAACGUACGAUCUCGUCAUGUACGGCAGCACUUUGCUCGUACACCGGCGGUGGAGUACACUCAGCUGCGCACGGCCACUAUCCAGGCCGCUACUUUCAACGUUGCCGGGAAGAAACCACCCCCAGGGUUGAGGCUCGACGAAUGGCUGGGCGCGGGUCCGGCGGCGGGCGGCAUGAAGGGGCGCUGGCCGCAGGGCGCAGAGGGCGGCAGCAGCGGGGGCGCUGCUGGUGCUGGUGGCGGCAGCGGCAGCGGCUCCAACGGGCCCGAUAUCUUGGCGGUGGGGUUUGUGGAGAUUGUGCCGCUCAACGCUGGGAACGUGAUGGGAGUGUGGGGCACUGCGCAGGUGGACGCCUGGGACCGCUGUCUGGCCGUGUACCUCAACGGGGAGGAGUGGGCCGCUGAGCGGUACGGCCCCUCUGCGGCCGCCGUCGCCAGCCAGGCGGCUGCCGCCGCCGCCGCCGCCACCGCUCUCCUCGAGACCAAGUGGCAGGGGGGAGGGAACACAGCACCGGACGGCGGAGCUGCUACUGCGCCCAACGGCAACACCCCCAAUGGCGCCGUCAACGGCGGCGGCGGCGGCGGCACCAGUGGCAGCGAUGAGGAAUACGUCCAGGUGGCCAGCAAGCAGCUGGUGGGGGUGUACCUGAGCGUGUGGGUGCGGAGGCGGCUGCUGCCGGCUGUUCGGGGAGUCCAGGUGACGACGGUGGCCACGGGCUUUGGCGGCUACCUGGGGAAUAAAGGUGCGGUGGCGGCCCGUCUGCGGCUGUACGACAGCUCGCUGGUGUUUGUGGCGUCACACCUGACGGCGGGCGACGCUGAAGGCGACGAGCUCCGGCGCAAUGCCGACGUGCACGACAUUUUGCGCCGUGCCGUCUUUGUCAGCGCGCCCGACGGCGGUGGCGGCGCCGCCUCCAUGACGGCGGCGUCGGCGGCGCUGAUCAGUGCUUCCCUGGGUCCCGACGUCCGCGCUGCCAUCCGGGCGGGCCGGUGGGAGCCGCUGUUGGCUGCGGAUCAGCUGAGUCGGGAGCGCGCAGCAGGGCGCGUGUUCCAGGGCUGGCACGAGGGUCGAGUCACCUUCCCGCCAACCUACAAGUUCAAGGCGGGCACUAACACGUACAAUGGAGACGAUAUGCCAGCUUCGGGGUCAGCUGGCUCGCUGCAGGCGGCGGAGUCGGCGGCUGUCGCCCCUGCAGCGGCUGCGGCGGAGGACGCCGAAUCCUCAUCGGCGGCAUCGGCAGGCCCGGGCAGCACUGCAGACCCUGAGAAGCACAAGCGGCGCACCCCCGCCUGGUGCGACCGCGUGUUGUGGUGGACCAAACACCGGGGUCCUGAUGCCACUGGUGGCAGCCAGCGACCGGGCACUUCGGGGAGCAGCGACGCCGGUGGCGGCGGCGACGGCGGCGUGGUCGGCUCGAGGUUGCGGCAGCUGGCGUACUGGCGUGGCGAGCUCACCGUCAGUGACCAUAAACCGGUGGCGGCGGGCUUUGCGGCGGAGGUGGUGUCGUACGACCGGCGGCGAAUCGAGGGCUUGCUGGAGGCGGGCAUGCGCGCCGUGGACCGGAUGCAGGAGUCCCUGCGGCCGCGCGUCACCGUGGAGCCGGUGGUGCUGGACGCGGGCGAGUGGGUGGCGCUGGGUCGCCCCCAGCCCCUGCAGCUGCGGAUCACCAACACAGGCAGCGUGGAGGCGCUCUUCCACUUCAUCCCUCCGCCUCAAGAGCCCAGCCCUAGUCUCACGGGACGAGGCGGCAAGUUCGGUCUGGACGACGAGACGCCGCCUCUGCCCCCUUGGUUGGAGGCACAGCCCGCAGAGGGAGUGGUACAGCCAGGCCAGAGCUGCGAAGUGGUGUUGACGGUGUUGGUGGAGGGCGGAGGGCCGGGGACAGCUGCUCAGCUCCUCUUCAAGUCGGGGUCUCUGGAUUGCAUCCUCAUUCUUCGGAUCGAGGACAGCGGCGACAAAUUUAUCACGAUUGGUGGCCGCUACCGCCAGUCCUUCGUGGGCACAUCGUUGGAGGACCUCUCACGUCUGGGCAACCGCUCCGUCCUGCCCCCCGCGGAGGCCGCAGCACUGGCGGAGCGGCUGGGGCUGGGGCAGCUACAGCCGCAGCUACAGCAGCUGCAGGAAGGGGGUGGCGCGCACACUCACGGCGGAGCCGAUGAUGAUGACGACGACGGCGCCGUGGUGCCGCCAAAGGAAGUCCUCGCGCUGGUUUCGGCGCUGACGGCCAACUCGGCGGCGGCGUUGCGGGUGCCGGGCAUUCUAGCGGAUAGUGCCGCGCUGGUGCUGGCGCGGGAGGGGUACGACACCGGCGCGGCGACGGCGGCGGCGGCGGCGGCGGUCGGGCAAGCAGCGCAGCUACGGGUCCAGGACGGCGAGGAGGUGCCGGCCGCGGCGGCGGCGAUGCAACCCACGGGACGUGAGGCGCAGCGGGCUUUGCUGCGACUGCUGGAGCCUCUGAGGUUGAUCUUGGACGCGGGGGGACUGGUCCCCGUGUCCGCGGACCCCCAUGACGUUGCGGCGUUGCUGUUGCUGUGGUGUCGCCAGCUGCCGUACCCGUUGAUUCCCGCUUCGGUGGCGGAUGCCGCCGCAGCCGCGCCACCGACGUCCCCAGCGGAUGCCGUGGCGCUACUGCGGCGGCACUGCGGGGUGAUGCAGCUAGCGGUGGUUUCGGAGCUGCUGCGGCUACUGCGUGCAGCGUUGGCGCCGGACUUGGUGGACUGCAACGGCCUGACGGCGCCGCGCCUGGCAGCGGUGGCGGCGGCGUGGUGGAUGCCGCCGCUGGGGGCGGGGUCAGCGGCGGGUGCCGUUAACGGGCUGCGGGCGCUGCUGGAGAUGCUGCUAUCUGACGGCAACGCCGCCGCCGCCGCGGCGGCUGCCGAUUAAGUCAAUAAGUCAAGUUUUUUAUUGUGAAUAGUCAGACGGUUUGCUGAGGUCAGUUGCAGGUUUGACUGUUAAAUGACUUAGAAUAUCAACAGAGUACAAAUUCUCGAGUACAUAUUUAUCGCGUCUACGGAGGUGUACGGCAGUGUAUUUAAAGAGAGGAAGUUUUUGCGAGUUCGCAUUUCUUGCCGUGUUUCUUUGGUGCACGGCGCUACGCCUGCAUCAGUAUAUAAUAGUAAUAAUAAUAAUCGUACCAUCCCCCUGUCAUGGCAGGCGUGAAGGAUGG